CUUUGUUGUAUCUGUGAGGACGGACCGCUGAUAGAUGGCGGUACAGCGAAACCCUGUGUAAAUACCCUGGCACAGAUUUCUAAUGGAGGAAAGAUCUUAUAUAUUACUGGUAUUUAUUGUGGCCACUUCAGUGGCAGCAGCGUUCGGCCGAUGUCCAGCGGGCUGGACGGAAAACAAUGACCGAUGUUACUACAUGACCACCCAGAGGCAGAACUAUGACCAGUCAUUGCAGUACUGUGCAUUAAACAAUGCAUCUCUGUUUUCCAUUAGCAACGAGGCGGAAUGGAUAUUCGUGAAGUCUAUGUUAGGCGCCGUAAACAUCCAGUACUACACAUCGCUGAGGUAUAAUGACACCGCCAAAGCGUGGACCUGGGGUGACGGAACCCCCUACAAUGCAACAGCAGCUCACUGGUACCGUAACCAACAGCCGACCUUCACGUCGACGUACAUCCAGCGGAAGUACUUUUGUGCGUUAAUGUACGGGUACGGGGGUGCUCGAGGACAGAUUAAUUUUACCCCAUGUACAUCGUCCGUACCUACCAUUUGCGAAAGAUCUGCAGAUACAUAUGACCUCUGCAACGAAGCUGACGGUUGGAGGGACAUAUAUGGGAAAUGUUAUAAACUCUUCAACACAAAAAGCACCUGGCACGACGCGAGGACAUCAUGCGAACAAAAUGGCGGCCUCUUGCCGUCGCCGAGAAGUCUGGUGGAACUGAUGUUGAUGGGUGAUUUGAUAGACUGUAGGACAAGCGACAACAACGUCUGGACAGCGUUUACUGAUCAGUCACCAAGAAGUGAACGACGGCUGUUUCGUGUUGUGAAAAGGAAUCGCCGGCAAACACUUGGGGAUUUGACAGCAAAAUAUAACAAUCAGGGACAGACUACACUGUCUUCUCGCACUGUUAGAAGAAGAUUGUUCACUGAGGGGUACCAUAGACAUGUGUUCACCCCUGGCAAAAUCAUAUCAGCGGACACGAACAACACACUGACGUAUCAGGCCUGGUCGUCUACAUCGGAUGUGGUAAAGCCUGGACAAGUGUGCAUUGAGUCUGUGGCCCUGAGCAACUUCUACUUCAACAGAAAGAACUGCAUCACUGAGAGAAAAUACAUCUGCAUCAAACCAUAUGGGACGUGUCCAACGGGCUGGGUCGUGUAUGGGGGUAAGUGCUACCAGGUACACAACACCAGGGACAGCGUGACCACCUGGUACAUGGCCAAUGACAACUGCAAGAAGCAGGGAGUGAAGCUGCUCACAAUCGAGGACCAAGAAACAAACCUGUUGAUUGGGAAAGCUCUCUGCGCUCUACAUAUUCACGAUGCCUGGAUGGGAUUGUCAGAUCGACUACAAGACGGAAACUACACGUGGAAGAUGGCCUCUCCUCAACAUCUCCACCUCCUACACCCACUGGUACAGGGCUUCCCACCCCAUCCCGGACUCACUGACUGUGGAGUUGUUGCAAAUCAUGGGCAGGCGACCUGGUCCAAUGGCUACUGCUAUGCAAUCAAGUCGUACAUGUGUGAAAUGCCCAUCGCACAGAAGUAUGUCAAUCAUACAGAACCAGCUAACAACGUGACCUGCCCGAGUCAAUGGGUGCUGUUCCGACAAGACUGCUACUUCCUUGGGUCCCACCUCAACUGGACGAUGGCGCAGAAUUUCUGUAGCGUCAGUGGUGGUUCUCUCACCACUAUUCGGGAUCCCUUAGAGCAGUCUUUCCUCAUUGAAAAAAUGCUACAACAAGGAAAUGCAUGGAUAGGACUCAAACGAGAUCGACAGACAUCAAACCAUGAUUUUAUCUGGGUUGACAAUACACCACUGACGUUCAACAACUUCGCCCCCGGAGAGCCUAACUCUCAUGACCAGGUGGGCCAGGAGUGUGUCGACGCCCAGUUUGUCCGGUCGCCCUACCCUGGCAGUUGGCGAGACAACUGGUGCAAGCAACAACACAACUUCAUCUGCCGGAGCCCUGCAAUCGGUGCCACAGCAACUCCAGGUGCAGCCGUCACAGCUCCCUGGUCCUACCGAUGUGGACCCAACUGGAUCUUCAACGGCAUGGAGAGUUCCUGCUACCAGGUGAUAGUCGGGGCUACCAAGAACUGGGUGGAUGCCAGGGCAGACUGCCUCAGACAGGGGUCUGACCUGGUCAGCAUAGAUGGGCCGAAAGAACAAACCUUUCUGCAAGCUGUCCUGUCUGCUGGUGAGUAUGCUGCUGUCCAAGAGUGGUUCUGGAUCGGUGCCAAUGACAAGAACCGAGAGGGAGGAUGGGAGUGGAGCAACAAGGCACCGUUCCGAUAUGUCAACUGGCAUCCAGGUGAACCCAACUCGAUGGGCGAGGAGGACUGCUCUCAGAUGGUCCCUAAGUGGAGCUACCAGUGGAACGACAAGAAGUGCUCAGUACUCAACAACUACAUCUGCGAGAAAUCAGCAUCACCAGAGACGACCAUAGCUCCAUCAGUAACUCAGACAACACCAGUGGGAAAAGAUCUGUGCAAGGCUGAGCCUAUGAUAUCAGGGAACUACAGUCUUCCACCAGGACAGGGGGCGCUAGUGGCACAGUCAGCCCGAGACCCCAGUCAUGGACCCGAGGCAUCAAGACUCAUCCCAGGAAACACAGGUGGAUGGUCAUCAGCCAUGACUGCUCAAGGUCAGUGGAUCUCUGCCACCUUCUACAACAUCAUCAUCACCCGCGGGAUUCAGAUUGUGGGACGCAGCGACAUUGGAGAGUGGGUCACCAAGUUCAAGUUAAUGUAUCAGUAUGACUUCUUCAGCCCAUGGUACACAUACCAGGACCCGCCAGCUGUCGAUAAGGUGUUUACAGGCUGCAUGGACAGUGACACAGCGGUAGAGAUAUUCCUCAACUUCCCUAUAGAAGCCAAAUCCAUCAAGCUGAUGCCCACAGCAUGGAACAAGGGAAUAUCUCUCAAGUGGGAAAUCCUUGGAUGUAUUGAAGAGGAUUGCUAUGCAGACUACGGAGUGAGUGGUCCUCUGUUUGUCCAAGAUGGUGGCUUCAGUGCCUCCAGUAUUCUUGACCCUCAACACACUCCACACGAUAGUCGCCUCCAUGCUAAUGGAGUACAUUAUAUCCCGUCCUGCUGGAAGCCGAAAUUAUCUGACCCAGCACAUUGGCUGGAGAUUGACCUUGGAUCUGUAAAGGUCAUACGAGGUGUUACCACAGAAGGCAAUCCAGAUGCCCCAGAGUGGGUCACCAAGUACAAAGUGAUGUACAAGAUUCAGGACGGAAGCCCUCAAUACUUCACCUACCAGCAACCAUAUGGAACAGAUUAUAUAUUUACUGGAAAUACCAUCAACAAUGUCUCUGUCACCAACUUCAUGAAGUCUCACUUCCAAGCCCAAUAUGUUCGCCUCACAGUCAUCAGUUACUAUACAGCAGUCGCCCUCAGAGUCGACUUCUUUGUGUGUCCCAUCACAUGUCGAGAGAUUCCUCUGAUUGAUGGACCACAGAAGAUUGAUGACAGUCAGCUCACAGCUUCAUCCUCCCUCAACUCGGAACACGGCCCUCAACGGUCCCGCCUGAACCAGCCCGCCCAGGGCGACUACAUCGGGGCCUGGGAGGCAGAGUAUAACGACAAGAACCAGUACAUUCAGGUCGACCUGGGUCGUGUAGUGGAGGUGACGGCAGUAGCAACUCAGGGCCGAGAUGACCAAAACCAGUUUGUGAGAGAGUACACCUUAUCUUCAUCUACUGAUGGCAAAACCUGGUUCCCUUACUACGAGGGAACAACUGUGAAGCAAUUUGAUGGGAACUGGGACUCUAAGACGGUGAGGAAGUACUACCUGAUGAUCCCCAUCAAUGUCCGCUUCCUGAGGCUGUGGCCCACAGACUACCAGGACAGGAUUUCUCUCAGAUGGGAGGUGUAUGGUUGCCCAGGUCCGAUGUCUGGGGUAGCGAUUGGUUGUUUCACAGACGUUAAGGAAGACCGUGAUCUGCCCUAUGAACCCCUGACUGACCCCGCUGCUGGGGUGUGGCCUCCAUCCUGUAUACAUCACUGUUACCUCAAGGGUUAUUUCUAUGCUGGAAUACAGAAUGGGUACGAGUGUUUCUGUGGCAACUCGUAUGGGAAGUACGGACCAGCAGCCAACUGUUCCAUGCCCUGCUUUCCCCACCCUGAGAUGAAGUGCGGAGGCCCCCUGGCCAACUACGUCCACAGUACUGGGCUCUCAUUUGAGAAGGUUUGUCAAGAUGGGUGGAAGAGCUACAAAGACGACUGCUAUCAGGUGAAUGAUCAGUAUGUGACGUGGCAGAAUGCUCGUGUGGAGUGCCAGCACCAGACCAGUGAACUGGCCUCCAUCAACAGCCAGGACCAGCAGGACUUCCUGUAUUCCCUCAUGACUGAAGCCAAGGACGACAUGUGGAUCGGUCUCAACGAUGUACAGGAAAACAUGUUUUACGAGUGGUCAAACCAGCGACCAGUCAUGUAUACCAACUGGGACACCAAUGAGCCCAGCAACCAGCCUGGACGCUAUGAAGACUGUGUGUUGGUCAAGUUCCAGACAGGGGGAUGGCAGGAUGAGAACUGUGGCAACAGUCACAAGUACAUCUGUAUGGCGGCCAAGAUGCCCACGACUAUGCCGACUGUUGCACCUAAAGUCAGCGGAUGUGAACAGGGCUGGGAUGGGUAUCGGUGGUCCUGCUACAUGUACGUGAGGGAGACAAGAACCUGGGAAGCUGCAGCACAUGCUUGUGAAGCUUUUGGAGCAUCCUUGGUGCGGAUUGAUGACAGGUAUGAGCAAGCGUACCUGGCCAGUUCUCUGGGAUUGAGGAAAGACAAGGUGUGGACGGACAUUCGCGACAGUGGGAACACAGGAGAGUACAAGUACAGUGAUGGUGUAACCCAUGUGUCUGUAACCAACUGGGCGCAGAACAAACCAGAUGACAAUGGGCAUUGUGUUGCUUUGGGCAGUGGAGUGAAUGCUGGUCUGUGGUACAACACAUUCUGCAACUCCACCCUCUCCGCCAUAUGUGAGCGUAUCCGAGUGGGGUACACGACCCCCUCUACCCUUCCGACGACUCCACCCAAGGUACCCUGCCCUGCUGGGUGGGUGGAUGGGGGAACCUACUGCUAUCAGGACUCCCAGCGGGACUGUCAGCGACAGAACGCCCACCUCGCCAGCUUCCAUAACGCCUCCACCCUGGACAACAUCUGGAGGAACUACCUCAUUGGCGAGACUGACCACUUCUGGGUUGGUCUGAGUGUGAUGGGUGCAGGGGGAGCCAAUGAAGGCUAUGUGUGGAGUGACAAGACCCCAGCUGACUUCACACUGUGGGCGGACAAGGAGCCGGACACACAAGGAGGGAAGGCACAGUGUGUUGAGGUGAUCAUACAGACGGGCAAGUUCAACGUACAAGCCUGCUGGCAACUCCGGAACUGGAUCUGUGGCAUCAGGAAAGGUGUGAUGCCAGCACCUAGAACCACCUUGCCAGUGCCAACUUCAGGAGGUGCUUGUCCACAUCUACCCAACUGGUUGUUAUACAAUGGCUAUUGCUACAUGGCCCAGGAUGGCGGAGGGGAUUAUGGGAAGACCUGGCGAGAAGCGCGGUCCAUGUGUGCUCAGUCUACUGCUGAUCUGGCAUCUAUUGGGAACAUCAAAGAACAGCUGUUCAUUCAGAAUUUGGUCUCCAAUUUGAGUGACGUCCACGUGUGGAUUGGCUUCAGUGAGCUGGACUGGGACAUGGGAUACAGGUGGAGCGAUGGGACGCCUGAUGUUAAAUUCAUGAACUGGAACCACAAUGAACCCAAUGACUUCGGAGGAGCUGAGGCUUGUGGGGACAUGACAGUUGCGAAUGGAAAAUGGAAUGAUGAGCACUGUUCCAUAGUACAGGGCUACGUGUGCAAGUAUAACAUGAACCCAUCCUCAGCCAUCACCCCAACCCCAUCUCCCAUCAUGCCAGGAUACUGCCCACCAGGGUUCAACACCUUCGGCAACAGGUGUUUCAAGGUCAACACCGCUCAGGGGAACCAGCUCAACUGGGCACAGGCUCGAAAGAUGUGCAAAGGUCAAGGUCGUGGGUAUGACCUUGCAAGCAUUCAAAAUGCUAGAGAACAAGCCUUUGUGACGACACUGCUGCUGAACACGGACACUCCCCUUUGGCUGGGGAUGUACAAGACCCCAGGACCAGAGGGGUCCCAGAGCCUGCUGUGGGCCUUCAACAACGACCCCAUGCAGUACACCAACUGGGCUGCCAAGGAACCCAACGGGGGUAUGAAGGAGAGCUGUACCCAGAUGUACUCGACGACCGCCCGAGCAGGACAAUGGAACGACAUCAGCUGUGAGACCAACAUGGGCUUCGUGUGUGAGACAAUGAGAAAGCCAUACAUAACCAUCCCCGAGGCAAUUCCCAACCCCUGCAAACAAGGCUGGAAGCCCCUGGGUGGGGACUGCUUCAAACUGGUGACCACGCCCAUGAGCCGGGGGGACAGUGAGGUGUCCUGUAUUCAACAGGGAGGACAUCUCACCAGCAUCAACAACCCGUAUGAACAGGCCUUUAUGUAUCUCCAGGCAUCAGACAACAGCUCUACCUCAUCCAUGUGGAUUGGGAUGGAAAGGCAGAACCAGACAGGAAAGUAUGUAUGGCCUGCCUCUGUGCCUGUGUUGUACACCAACUGGGGGGUCAACGAACCCUCGUAUGGACCGCAGGGAGGCUGCGUGUCAUUCAACGCCACAACAGGAACUUGGACUGAUGACAACUGCUCAAAGACACUGAGGUUCACUUGCAGAAUUACAACAGCCAAACCGUUGUUCACGCCACCGCCGCCAAACGGUCAGUGUCCUGGAGAUGGGUGGGAGGCCUUCGGUUUCAGCUGCUACUAUUUCCAGGGCUCCAAGCAGCUCAAUUUCCCAGACGCCGAGUUCCAGUGCGAGGAGCAUGGAGGGCACCUGGUGGCCGUCCAUGACAACACCACCAACCAGUAUCUGUACUCUCGCAUCGAAAUACAGACUUCAACAAGUGUGUGGAUCGGACUCCACAAGUCCACUGAUUAUGGUUUUGCUUGGCGUGACAACAGCCCAGUACAGUUUACCAAUUGGGCACCCAACGAGCCGUCCAGUACGGAUCCCGGCGGGGAACCAGGAGCACUGUGUGGAACUGUUUGCCCAGACAGCUCUGUGGAACGAUGUCAGCUGUGACUCCUUUAGGGGAUUCGUCUGUGAGAAACCACAAGUCCAAGACACCAGCAUGCAGAACUUCCCGUCCAUCCCUCCAGAGGGACCAGUAACAGGUCCACCGCCAGCAACCCUCCCUCCACAGCGGAUGCCAACUCUGAUAACACCUACAGUCAAGGUCACAAGUGUCAAGCCAUCUACAGUCAAGCCAUCUACAGCCAAGUGUCAAGACAUCUACAGCCAAGGUCACAACUGCCAAACCACAACCAGUCAAGGUCACAACUGCCAGGGUGCCUCCAGUUAAAGUGACAUCUGCCCCAACACAAGGCCCAUCUCCCAGGCCAGUCACGAUGCCAUCAGCUGCACCAUCAACAGGCCCUACUACAGAGAGCAGUCAAUCGGACAAGAAUAAACCGGGCUCUUCUGGACCUGCAGUGGGCUCUGGAGGAAUUGCUGCAAUAGUGCUCAGUAUCAUUGUGUUGGCUCUGACUGCAGCCGGCAUCGCCUACUUCGUGAUACGGAAGAAGCAAGAAGGCUACAACUUCACCUACGACUCUGGAAUGGGCUUCUCUAACUCCUUGUACGACAAAGCUAGUGCACAUGAAACCACGGCCUAAUGCACCAUCAACACAAAAGAUAAAUCUGCAAAAUAUUAAAAUAGGGUGUCAAGAUUGGCAAAUAAUACCAGAUAAUGCAGGACAUAUAAACAGAUAAUGUCUGGCUUCUCUUGAGUAUAUCUCAGAAGAAAUGGUUUUCAAUAUUGUGUUAUUAUUUGUUUUGAAAUAUGUUGUGUAAAAUUCUGUGAAGGUGGUUAGGAAAAAACAAAAAAAUCAACUCUAAUUUCAGUCUUGUACUUCUACCAAUGACAAACUAACAAGAUGUAUGCCAAGAUACCAAUGAUAAGUGACCUAUGUAUUUUUGGUUUACUCCCAUAAGAACUACAUCCCAUUUGAACUACAUCCCAAAUUAAGUACAGGGAUUAAUUAGGGAUUCAUUAUCUGAGUAGAGGCACCCCCAUGGCAUGUAAUGAGUGCAGCCCAUCAGCUCUCCGAGAUGAACUACAGACCAGUAAUUAUGUUAUUGUAAAGGUAAUCUAAUAACCAGAAAGUAAAGGACAAGAGAGAAGGGUAUGCUGUAGUUAGUAAAUGUAUUCAUAUGUAGAA